ACAAUUCUGUACGUAUCCGAUUUUAAUUUUCACAAAAAAUUGGUCAUGACCCAGAACCAUGACAUCAUUUCGCAACUACUGACCAUAGGGAAACUUCUGGGCUCGUACAGCCACGAACCCACGUCUCGCCAAUCUCUGCGGUGAAGGCAAGAUGAAAGAUCGAAGUGUUAGUUGAUUAAGCGCAUUGGCUCAACUAUAACUUUCAUAUCUUUCAAGUUAGAUCUCAUGAAGCGAAGUAGAAGCAGGUUCAUGACACCGGUAUCGCGCAGAAUUACAGCGAGCGCCAUACCUUACCAUAUCAGUAUUAUAGUUGUUUCAAUGUCCAUAAUUAUGUAAUUAUUUCCUUACCGGCAAUUUUAUUUUAAUAAUUUUUUUCUCAAUUUAUAAGAUUGUCUAAAGGCUUUAUUUCAUCUCAGAGUCUGUUCCAUUUUACAUCAUACUCAAAUAACACGAUGUAUUUGUACAGAAUAUAUAUCCGUUCGUUCUUCAUUGCCGUUGCUUAUUUAAGAGACGAAUCGAAUAAAAAAAUAUACAACUCAUAUGUCAAAUGUCAAUUAUAUUGUCAUUCCAAUGAAGUAGGAAACCAAACUAUAUAGGUCUAUGUGUCAUUCGCACAAGAGCGACAUCUGUCUUCGUCUUGAAAAGUCUGUUUCGUCUUGUUUUUUUGUGCUCGUUCGUGAUUUGUUUCAGUGAAUUGUCCUGUUAAAAACGAAAUAUAAUUAAUUUUGUACUAGUAACCUGGGCUUAUAGCAUAUUGUAUUAAGAGAGUUAACUAAGACCUUAUUGUGAAAAUUGUGCUUCUCCUCAAAGGUGCAAAAGCACCUAGUUUCGAUUUUCUGCGCUGCUUUCUGAAACUAUUCUCCUGAAAAAUGUAUAAAGCAGACGGAAUGUUGAACGAAGAGGCGGUGGCGCGGUGAAGGUGGAGGCGACAUGAGCGCGGUCACGCUGCGGGCGGACGGCGCGGGCGACUCAACGCCCGGCUCCGACGUCGGCGAGCGGAUCACGCGUCUCUUCCCCAAGUGCCGCCCUAAGAACAUGCAGCACCAGCACGAUAGAUUAAACUCCGGCCUGGAGGCCCGAGAUGCGAACAAUGCCUCCUCCGACGAGGAGAGAGGCGACGGCCAGCUCGUCAUUCUCAACUCCAAAGGCGGAACAUACAAACUCAGAGAUUCUAGGAUAAUAGAAAUCGCAGGAGGUCGCGAGCUGUACUCUCAGAGUCGAACGAAAGCAGUGCGUAAGUUAAGGCACAACAACACCCACAAACACAACUUGAGGAACAAGGUGCGGUCCCUUGGCAAAGACACCAUCGACCACGGAGUCGACAAUAUUAACAAUGAGAUUUCCAUUCACAGACUGAACAGUGAACAAAAGAAAAUCAUCCGACACACGUCCCCUACGUAUACGAAUGGCGACCGUAACCCUAUCGAACAGAACUCCAUGGGAAUACCAAAGAAUAGCUCACCAAUACUGGACCCCCAUAAGACGACCGACGUCAGCACGAAAAGCAGUCCCAUAGCCGUGGUCGCUGAUGGAGAAGUCAUGGUGCUCGAUGAGAACGAUGAUUGGAAAGUGAUAUUGAAUUCUGUGUCCCUAGGUUUGAGGACCGAACCGGACCCUAGUGACAAUGACAUUGACAUGAGUGUUAAAAGAACUAUAGAUCAUAUCAAAAAUGGUGAUAGUGAUAUGUUGAACAACAAGAGUGAAAUGAGUUGUGACGGCGCCAGUGAUUCCUCUCGUUCGGGUGAGGAUAUGAGGAAUGUCAGUCCUUCGGGGGUUUGGAUGUCGGGCGACGAGGAUAAGGGCAGGGUGACGCGUGUGAUCGGGGAACUGCCGAUUGCGGAAUACGAGGGAUCGCCGCGGAGGUACGGGGUCGGUACUCAGAAGACGACCAGGUCACCGAGGCCUGGAUUUCCGCAGAGAGUAGUGACAGAGAGCAGGGAUAUCACCCCCCCAGGCAGUUCGACGGCUUUCGACUACCUCUACGAGUUCUCGGAGACGAGGAAGGUUCUGGAGGAGUUCUUCAGAUGUCCCACGUUGCCAGUGCAGACGCAACUCAACGCUAACGACGAGGUCGUCAAUUUUCAGGAUUUGGACUACGAACUGAAGCGUCAGACGCAGGAGUGCCCCUCGGAGAACGGGAUGGACGGUAGCGAGUCGGAAUGGCCCCAAGUGACCGAGCCGCUUGACUCACCGCACACUGUCAACAAUCACACUAAUUUCCUCGGGCUACAGCAACAGAGAUCUGUGUACACGGAGCCGAUCGUCCACGGGCUGACCGCGGAGGGCGCGUGGAGCGGCUCCGGGUCGCCGGGCGCGCGCCGCCUCCCCUUCGCGCUGUCCACGGACUCCAGCGAGACCGGGAGCGAGAUGUCGCUGAUGCCCGUCGACACGCAGCUCUCCGACGUGAAAGGACUCGGGAUACGAACUCAGAACUCGGAGACGAGAGUGUCUAUAAUGGAAAAUGAACUUUCUGAAAUGAAAGUACAAAUGGAUGCCAGUCGCGCCGGCGUCGUGACGAAGCUGCCAUUGGUCGAAGACGGCUUAUCUUCCGGCCACGCUUCCGACAAUGACAAUAACAAUCAAAUGCAACAGACUCAUUCGGUCGUAAUAACGGAAAUCGUCGAGAACGGAACCAGCACGGAACCCCACUUACUGUCAGACGCCGAUCUACAUUCUUUAGAUCCACUGGUGGCGUGCGGCGAAGCGGCUCCCCCGCCCCCCGCGCCGGCGCCUCACCGCCCCGCCGCCACCCCGCCCUCCGCGCACCAAGACGUCUACCCUUCAAGGAAAAGGCCUGCCUCGCCUCAAAGCACUGAAUCCGUUGAGAUCAAACCUCCAAGCGGCGACGAAGACGAAGCUGAUACCGAUCUCGAAACUGACCGGCUGCUCGGUCAGCAGAGGACCGAUGACCAGGGCUUCUUCGACGAUAAAGGUUGGCGGAAACCGAAAUCCCGGACGGUGAUGCCCGCGGGCAGCGGGUCCGGCUCGGCGCGCUCCCCGCCUCAUGCUCACGACUCAGCCGACAACAAAGACGAGGAGAAUCUUCAUAAUGGAAAGGACAAAGACGGAAAGAAGAAGAGCAAAAACAAGGAAGAAACAAUACGUUCAGUUCUGAUCGAAGGUGUCUUAUUCCGAGCUCGUUACCUCGGCUCCACCCAGCUCGCUUGCGAGGGUCAGCCGACGAAGGCAACUCGGAUGCUCCAAGCUGAAGAAGCGGUCUCCAGGAUUAAGGCACCCGAGGGCGAGAACCAACCGAGCACCGAAGUGGAUCUGUUCAUUUCAACGGAAAAAAUAAUGGUUUUAAACACGGAACUGAAAGAGAUCAUGAUGGACCAUGCCCUCAGAACGAUAUCGUACAUCGCCGAUAUAGGGGACCUGGUGGUUUUGAUGGCGAGGCGACGUUUCGUUCCGCACGAAAACGAUUCCGAUCAACCGAAACUGAACCGUACGCCCAAGAUGAUAUGUCACGUUUUUGAGAGCGAGGAGGCCCAAUUCAUAGCGCAGUCGAUUGGCCAAGCUUUUCAAGUGGCCUACAUGGAGUUUUUAAAAGCAAACGGAAUCGAAGACCACAGCUUCGUCAAGGAGAUGGAUUAUCAAGAGGUGCUGAACAGUCAGGAGAUAUUCGGUGAUGAACUCCAGAUGUUCGCGAAAAAGGAAUUGCAGAAAGAGGUGGUAGUACCAAAGACUAAGGGCGAGAUCCUGGGCGUGGUGGUGGUGGAGUCCGGGUGGGGCUCCAUGCUGCCCACUGUGGUCAUCGCCAACCUCGCGCCCGCCGGCGCCGCCGCGCGCUGCGGACAACUCAACAUAGGCGAUCAAAUAAUAGCAAUUAAUGGAGUAAGCCUCGUCGGUCUGCCUCUGUCGACCUGUCAAACUUACAUAAAGAACUCUAAAAACCAAACUGUAGUGAAACUUACCGUGGUACCGUGCGCUCCCGUCGUUGAGGUCAAGAUAAAACGGCCGGACACUAAAUACCAACUAGGCUUUAGUGUUCAGAAUGGUGUGAUAUGCAGCUUACUCCGCGGCGGUAUAGCGGAGCGCGGCGGCGUGCGCGUGGGACAUCGCAUCAUCGAGAUCAACUCGCAGAGCGUGGUCGCCGUGCCUCACGAGAGGAUCGUCAACCUGCUCGCCACCUCCGUCGGAGAGGUGAACGAUUUUGUCCAACAACAUUUUGUAUUUUACAGAAAAUCACGUAGACUCUUUGUGCUCUGUUACUACGCUCAAAUAAAAAUGAAAAAAAAAAUCACGUAACUUUUUAAAGAACGUGUUGACAAUUUCAUCAUUGACAUUCAAGUUUGUCUGUCACGAUUCUACCCGGCCCUGGCACAGGAUUAUUAAUUAUAUAAUAUAAUCUAUGGUCAGUGUCAAUCGAAUUUGACAUUUAUGAUACUUUUUUUUAAAAACAGAAUUCAAAUCUGAUCGAUGCGGAUUGGAUUCGCCAUCAACGAUAACAAAAACUGUAUAAUAUUCCAAAUCGCCGACCUAAUAAUCCGUACAGUUAAUAUUAUAGUAAAUAAUGUACCUUAAAAAAAAUACAAUGCUCAUUAAAGAAGUUACAUUAAUGUAAUCGCAUUUCAGAUCUUAAUGAAAACGAUGCCGACGUCGAUGUUCAGACUGUUGACUGGCCAGGAGAAUCCGGUGUUCAUAUAACCGCGCGCGCCGACCACACACAAGUGCCUGCUUCACCCACACAGCCUCCUCAACCGCUGCAACUCACCCUCGGAUCGUAUCUUACCCUUAGAAUAUUCACUACUGAAUUAUUGUCAUGAAAAUUUCAGCCAAUGCUUCCAUAAGUAAAAUUAUCAAUAGUUGCGGACAAGGCCUCUUUAAAUUUCAAGUAAAGAGCGUUGGUACACACUCCACCAGCAUUCAGAGACGUAACGCGUUUGUUUCACUUGGCUAUAUACCGCAAAUGAUAUAAUUUGAGGUAUACUUAUUAAUUUCAAGGCACAGAGAACGUCAAAUCAAAAUGGACAUGUUCAUUAUCACGUCAACAAAAUGGCGACCUAUUUGACAUAGAAAAUGGAUUACAAUACUAUUUUUGUCAUUUGGAAUUUCACAUUCUGCAUAAGUCUUUAAAAUGAAUUUUGAAGACAGCGCCAUCUGUUAUUGUUUUCCUGUUACUAGUUGUGUCACACAAACCGAACGAUCCGAGGCUGGUGUAAGCUUUGCUGUCAAAAAAUACUCAAAAAACAAAAACAAUGUGAUGUAAAACUUUUCUAAAUGCUUACAAACGCUUUCGUGGCUACUAAAAUAAGUACGUAUAUAUAUCGUGUAAGUUUAAUUAAAAUAUUUGCUGCUAAUUCUAAAUGAAAGGAGAUUACAAUAAAUAUUUUUAUGCUUUCAUCAAAUGUUGUUAGCAGCAAAUAUGAACGUAGCUCUUGCUGUUCGUCUCUUUCUCUCAAUCGAAUAGAAUAUAGAGCGAAAGAGACAGAAAUCGUUCGAGGGUUACGUUCGGAGGUGAUAAAAAAUAUAAUCGUCAUGACAAUGUGUAUACAUACUCCACUUAUGUAUGUGAAUGUGUUUUUGUAAAUCAAAUAUCAAAUUCACUCAUAUCUGCUUAGAUAUUAAUUAAAUAUAUUAAGUGUAAGUUGAGUCACUAAAUGCUUCUCGUCAAUACAUUUUAAAAUUCUGUUUGCUUUGAUAAACAGCAAUGUGUUAAUUGAAUGAAUUCAUGAGAGAUUUGAUUUGAUCUGAAAAUAAUACCUUAUUUAUAAAGUCGUAAAGUCUAAAUCACACAAUAUUCUUCAAAUCGUUACUGUUUUUCAAUUAUUAUAGUAUUGUUCAUUUGAAAAAGGAGUCAAAUUUUAAUUCGCUAAUGUCUAAAUUGACCAGUACGGCAAUUGGUAUUUUAAUAGAACAAAGUUUGAUUUGAUGCUGUUUUACAAGUACAUAUUCGAAUUGAAUAUUGUGUUACACAAUCGUGAUAGCUGGCGGACAAUCAUUUAAACAGUUCUAAUGCUAAUUGAACAAAAUGCGGUUUGUUUUUAACGUUUUUUUUUUUAUAUUUAAUAACUGAAGACUGUAGAAUCUCACCACCUCACCUGUGACGAAAGACGAAAGCUUCUUUUGUAUUGUUUAGAGGCUAUACUGCAUUUAAACUGGUAUACAGACUUGUUUCGCGGUAGGAAUAGGUUGGACGGUGGUGACGACCUAUGCGGGCUCAGUUCACUCUACUAUCAGGAUCUGCUUUGUACUAAUCAAAUAGUUUAGAUUGAUUUGAAUGGAAUCUAUUAGUACCUAAGAACUGCGUAUUAAUAAGUUCUCUCAAAAUGACACUAUUAUACGCUUAUACAUGUAAUAAUAUAAUGCAAAAUGUAACAGAGGUCUAUAUGUAUGUUGAACGUUUUUUUUUAUUAUUUUUUAUUGCUUAGAUGGGUGGACGAGCUCACAGCCCACCUGGUGUUAAGUGGUUACUGGAGCCCAUAUACAUCCACAACGUAAAUGCGCCACCCACCUUGAGAUAUAAGUUCUAGGGUCUCAGUAUAGUUACAACGGCUGCCCCACCCUUCAAACCGAAACGCAUUACUGCUUCGCGGCAGAAAUAGGCAGGGCGGUGGUACCUACCCGCGUGGACUGACACGAGGUCCUACCACCAGUAAUUACGCAAAUUAUAAUUUUGCGGGUUUCAUUUUUAUUACACGAUGUUAUUCCUUCACUGUGGAAAAGUGUUUAAAAAUAAUUAAUAAAGCAGUAAUGAAUGGAUAAUAACGAGUUGUUGUACUCCGCAAUUUUCGAAGGUUUACUGUCCAUUGCUGCGGGAAAGCGAAACCGUCAACAAAUGCUUUCGAAUUUACAGUAUCUUUAAAAUUAUAGUUCCAUACUUGGAAUACAGGGUGAGGUCCCAUUUCAAGCAGAUUCAUGAAAAAAUGUUCAUUUUUAUUUUAAAAAAAACCGUAUAGCCGCGGAGUACACAUACUCGUAAAUAAAUUUAUGCCAAUAUCUUAGUCACGAACUAAAAAAAGAAAAAAGAAAAAAAUGUUUGCCAUUGUAAAAUAAUGCAAUGCGUUAUAUACAUAAAGUUCAUUUUUCUUUCUAUCGCCUUCGUAAGCCAAAUACAGAUGGACAAAUUUCAGAUUUCCUAGAAUAUAUUUUGUACUGAUAACUGUACGUUCGAGUUCAGAAACGAAUUUGCUUUAUUAAUGUUGAAAAAAAUAUUUAGUUUGUUUUUUUUAAAAACAGUAAUAUUCUAUUUUAAUUUUACAAAAAUGCAGCAAAUAUUACAUUGGACAGAUUACGAUGUCAUUGUUUAUAAACUUGUUUUGCCAUUUAGACGUAAGCAAUUUUUAUUUCAUUUUUAUUAAUUAUAGAUGUUAUCGAAGAAGACUGGGAUUUCGUAGUCUUCGAUUAUUUGAAUCUUGCGUAAUUGCCAUUUCAUUUUAGUUUUAAUUCACCAGAUCAUUCCAUUAUUUAUUGUCUAUGCUUUCUUACUACUUUAAUGUAAUUAUUAAUUAAAAAACAAAAGAAUGAAUGAAACACCAUUUUAUGUGAUGAAUUUAUUAUAUAAAAAAUAUGCACCCAUAGUUCAAAAUGUAUUCGAAACCGUAAUAUGUAACUUUUAAGGAAGGCCCUUUGAAAUUAAAUUAUCUCUUUCAUGCUUAUAACAUUUACAAUGCUAAUGAAAGAGAGAGAGGUAUCUGUUCACGUUUUUCUUUUUUAAUUCCCGCGGUUUCAACGGAAAAAUUAAAAUAAUGAAUCGACUAGUGCGUAUAGAAUUAUAUAUGAGAACUCUCAAGUAGCAAUUCAAGAAAAAAAUAUAUCAUAUUUUGUAAAUUUUAUAGUAUUGCUAUAGCAUUAAUAUGUAACCCACGUUUAUAUGUAAAUCCUGUGUUCUUAGCUAAGCUUAGCGCUCUGAGGACGAGUAAACUAUAUUUAUGUAUAAAAUUAUUAAUGACAGUAUUUCUAUAAAAUGUAUCGAUAAAUUAUCGAUUCGUAAUAUUUCGUAAUCGAUACGGAUUGAGUUUAAACGAGAUUGUUAUGUAAACGACUUUAGAUGUACCCCUUGUAAUCGCUUCAUGAACAUUCCUCGAAAGUUCAAACUUUAUCUAUAUUUCGAUUCAAUUCUUCUUUGCGAUUUCGACCAGUGAGCUCUAGUUUUUUUUUUAAACACUUCACCGAUUUCUAUUUUUAGAUUUUCGAUUCCAAUGUUUGUCUAAAUAAAUCGUGAUUUUUUUUUUUUUUA